ACUCUCGGUUUUUUUUCCCCCGUGCGUGUGUGUGUGAGCAAGUGACGAAUUACUUUUCAUCAAAUGGAAAAUAAUUCAUUUUGAACACACGUAGAUACAUAUAUAUAUCUCUCUGUAUAUAUAUUUUCGAAAAGCUAUUCAAAAACGACAAGAAAAAGAAGUCACACAAAAGUUAUUCUAUACUUUUUCGAAACUGGCAAACGGAGAACCAAAAAAAAAAAAAACAUCAACUGAAACAGCAAAUACAACAACAAAACGGCAACAAAUUAUACACAAAAAAAAAAACUAAGUAAUAGACGAAGUAACAAUAAUAUACGUAAACCAAACACACACACAUCACACAAACAUAUAUUUACAUACACUCGCACACACAAACGCCAUACACACUCAACAAAACAUACAGACUCAACAAAAACAACAAUCGAAAUGGCGGAAGGCGGCAGUAAACGUAUCAACGUGGUUGUAAAAACGCCAAAGGACAAGAAAACUGUGGAAGUUGAUGAAGAUUCUGGAAUAAAAGAUUUCAAAAUUCUUGUGGCCCAAAAAUUUGAGGCUGAACCGGAGCAGCUCGUAUUGAUAUUUGCCGGUAAAAUAAUGAAGGAUUCGGAUACAUUAAAAAUGCACAACAUCAAGGAUAAUUUGACAGUGCAUUUGGUGAUUAAGGCACCGACACGGAAUGUGGAGCAACCAGCCCGUGCACCGGCCGAUGUGCGUCAGACACCAUUUGGAUUGAAUCAAUUUGGCGGACUCGCUGGCAUGGAGGCCCUGGGAGCUGGUUCGAAUUCAUUUAUGGAUCUGCAGGCUCGCAUGCAGAAUGAGUUGCUUAACAAUGGCGAUAUGCUGCGAUCCCUUAUGGAUAAUCCUUUGGUGCAGCAGAUGAUGAACAAUCCGGAAACAAUGAGACAAUUGAUCACAUCGAAUCCUCAAAUGCAGGAUCUAAUGCAAAGGAAUCCGGAAAUAUCGCAUAUGCUUAACAAUCCGGAUCUAUUGCGUCAGACCAUGGAAUUGGCUAGAAAUCCAUCAAUGUUGCAAGAAUUGAUGCGAUCGCAUGAUCGGGCCAUGUCCAAUUUGGAAUCAGUGCCAGGUGGUUAUAGUGCUUUGCAGCGGAUCUAUCGUGAUAUACAGGAGCCAAUGAUGAAUGCGGCAACAGAGUCAUUUGGACGCAAUCCCUUUGCUGGCUUGGUUGAGGGUGGUGGUAGUGGUGCCAAUGCCGGCGGUAUAAAUCCCCAACAGGGCACCGAAAAUCGUAAUCCUCUGCCCAACCCAUGGGGUGGUGGCAGCGGCGGUGGAAACAGUGGCACUGCAAACGGUCCCACUACCAAUACCAAUGGCAGAAGCCGUUCUGAUCUGCCGCCAAAUAAUAUACUCAACACACCGGCUAUGCGCAGUAUGUUACAGCAGAUGGCUGAUAAUCCAGCCCUAAUGCAGAAUCUUCUUAAUGCACCCUAUACGCGUUCAAUGAUGGAGUCCAUGUCCCAGGAUCCGGAUAUGGCAUCUCGUCUACUGGGCAGCAGUCCCCUGAUGGCCAAUAAUCCAGCUAUGCAGGAACAAGUGCGCCAAAUGAUGCCCCAGUUUAUGGCCCAAAUGCAAAAUCCAGAGGUGAUGAAUAUGCUCACCAAUCCGGAGGCCAUCAAUGCUAUACUACAAAUACAACAGGGCAUGGAACAGCUACGAAGUGCCGCACCUGGUCUAGUUGGCACAUUGGGCAUUCCACCACCACCGCCCGGCGUGAAUAAUACACCAGCCGCCGAUCCGGCCAGCGGCGAUGGCCAAGGCAGUGGCAAUGGCAGUGUACUUGGUGGCGGCGGUCUCCUCAAUAACUCUAGCAACAGCGUAUCCUCGCCAUUAAGUGGACCGGCUGUCAAUAAUAGUGGGAAUACUGGUAGCACGCCCAACCUGGCGCCUGGUGGUGGCCCAAAUGCACAGCUCUUUAACGAUUUCAUGACUCGCAUGCUCAAUGGGAUGUCUAACAAUGCGGAUAGCACACAGUCACCGGAAGUGCGCUAUCAAUCACAAUUGGAACAGCUGGCUGCCAUGGGCUUUGCCAAUCGGGAGGCCAAUCUGCAAGCUUUGAUUGCAACAUUUGGGGACAUCAAUGCGGCAGUGGAGCGUCUCCUGUCGCUUAAUCAGUUAUCCCUGAGUUAACAUAGUUAAGCCAAUUGCAACAAUACAAAAAAAAAACAGCAAAAAAAGAAAAACGAAACAAAAAAAAAACAAGCGAAAUGGUGAGGAAAAGCAACAACAACAACUGAGGGAAAUUGAUGGGAAAAAAACCAAAACCAGAUGGGAAAAGAAAACCUCUUUAUAUAUAUAUAUAUACGCAAACAAAAACACAUAUGUAUAUUUAUAUAUAUAUAUAUAUAUAUUUAUAUAAAUCUAUAAACUAUAAACACGGCCGUUAUCCCUAAAGAAGAAAGAAGGAGGGAGAAGUCGAGAGCCCGAUAACCCAAAUUAAAAUGGAAACGUGAAAAGCAGUGGAUGGAUGGAGAGCAAAAAGGAAAACUAUGUAGAGAUAUGCAUGAUCAAAUGGUUAAUAAUUAUAUAAAUAAUAAUAAUGAGUUUAUGAGAUCGGAAUUAUCAUACUAUGUCUUAUGUAACUUUUGAGAAUAACACACACACACACACCAUGGACAUUGGCAAGCACGUAAAUUCAACAAGGAAUAAAGGACAAACAAAAUAGGUAGAUAGAUAGGUAGCAUACCAAAAAGAAAAAAUCAAAAAAAGAACUCGAGAGAGACAUACCAAUACAAAGCAAAAUUAUAAACAACAAAAUGAAAUGAAAAAAAAAUUAAUUUAAAAAAGUGCGUCUCAAACUAACACUUAAACCACAUGCACACAAACACUCAUGCGUACAUCCCACAUAUAUAUAUAUAUAUAUACACAUAGAUGUAUAUAUAUAUAUAUAUAUAUCACGUUUCCUUUUAAAUUUUGAAUGUGUUCUAAUAAAUUUCACCAUAUGUCUGUGUGCUCUUGUUUAAUUAA